AUGGUAACUCGUGUACGCGGUCGCGGUCGAGGGAGAGAUAGGGCUAGUAACUUGGAACCUGAGACAACUGAGAAUAAUCCUGCAAAAUUUAUGACUACCCUGGAGAAUAUGGCUGCUGCUAUGCGAGCUACGGCUGUGAUAUUGGGGAAUCAAGCUGGUAAUGGGAAUGGUGAUGACAGAGGAAAUGGGCCAACGACCUUAGCAAGCUUCCUGAAGAUAAACCCACCCAUUUUUAGAGGGACAACAAACCCUACAGAGGCAGAUAACUGGUUUCAAGCAAUGGAAUGGGCAUUACAAGCACAACAAGUUCCUGAAAGUCAAUGUGUUGAGUUUGCAACUUAUCAGUUAACGGUCAGGACGGAUAAAGAACUUGAAUUGUUGCAACGGAAGCAGGGUCAAAUGUCUGAAGCCAAAUACACAAACAAGUUUGAGGAAUUAUAUCGAUUUUCCAAGAUUUGUCAGGGUGCUCCAGGAGACUUUGAGGAAUGGAAAUGCAUCAAAUACGAAGGGGGAGUUCGGAGUGAUAUACUGAGUUUAGUGGGUCCGAUGGAGAUCAGAGUUUUCUCAGACUUGGUAAACAAGAGUAGAGUCAUGGAAAAUUGUUUGAGGAAGGCUGCUAUGGAAAGGAAUGAUAGCCGGGAUUUCCACCGAAGAGACCACAAUCAGAAUUUGGCUCCAAUAGGCCAAGAAUUCAAGCGAAGAGGGAAACAAACAAGGGAUACUACGGAGGAGCUGACAUGUCAGAAGUGUGGCCACUGUCAUCCGGACAGGCCGUGGCGCUUUGGCUUGGGCGUAUGUUACAAGCGUGGUCUACCAGGGCACGUAUCCAGGAAUUGUCCGCAAGGAAAGACUCACGAUGGGGGACGAUCCAAUCAGCAGGAUUGA